GUCUGUUUACCACUCAGCCGGUAGCCAUUCGCCUUAGCCGCCAUGAAACGGGACAACUCAGGAAACAACCAAGAUGGUCCUCCGUCAAAAUUCCAACGUUCUUCCGUUGAUUUAACAAAUGUUUCCAUCAGAUUUCUUAUUCCUGGGAGGGCUGCAGGGAUAAUGAUUGGGAAGGGUGGGGAAAAUAUCAAAAAAAUUCGAUCACAGUAUAACGUCAAGCUGAAUAUUCCCGACAGCAGAGGCCCUGAACGGUAGGGUAACCCAGAAACUUAAUGUCACCUUGAUGUCUAUUCGGUCGAUUAAUUAGUUUGCCUAAAUUGUUAUUUUCAUGUUUUUGGUUCAUUAAUGUAUUUGUAAAGCCCUUUUUGGAUAUGAUUUGCAAAGUCAUUCCUGACUGCUUAACUACCAGCUAACCCACGAGUUACUGUUGUAACUGGAAACCCCAGUGACUUAGUCAUUCAUUGAAUUCUAUUGUGUAAAAAUCUAGACAAGUUUUGAUGAUAACCCUCAGACGGUUGUCUAGUUCUCCGAGCCCUCCACGACUGUCACUAUAUGGAAGGGUGUCAUGAGCUUCGUUAUACGAUUAAAGUUUUUGUUUUCUUCCUUCUUUCCCAUCCUAACUUGCUUUUUCUCCGAUAGGAUAAUGACUAUCGAAGGUGACCUGCAGGCUAUCUGCAGCAUCAUGCGCGAUGUUUGUCCGAAACUGAAGGAUAUAAUGAAUGCCAAACUUUCCGACCCUAAACGCAUAAUGGGUGCCCAAGGAUCUCGACGCCGCCCGAGACGAAGUGAAGAUCCAGAACGAGAUGAUGAGGAAGACGAAAACAUGAUUGACUUCAGAAUAUUAGUGCACGAAAGCCAAGCUGGGUCUGUAAUCGGUCGAGGCGGUGAACGUAUUAAGGACCUUCGUGAUAAAUACAAAAUGCGUGUUAUCAAGGUGUACCAGAUGUUGGCUCCAUUAUCUACUGACCGAGUUGUACAGAUGGUUGCUGACCCAGACAAUGUCGUCCAAUGUUUGAGAGCUGUGAUAGAAGCAGUAGAGUCUGCUCCUCCUCGUGGUCGCCGUGAGGAUUAUGACGCUGCCAACUUCAGUGAGGGUGAUGCUCUCAACUAUGGCGGUUGGUUGUCUCGAGAAGCUGCAGCAGCACUCGCUCAAGGGAUGCCUCUCCGUGGACCUGGAUGCAUGCCGCCGAUGGGUUAUAACAUGGGAGGUCCGUACAUGAUGGGUGGUGGAGACAUGGGGCCGAUGGGUGGCGGUAUGGGCCCUAUGGGAGGAGGGAUGGGACCAGGUGGAGGAAUGGGUCCUAUGGGCGGCGGACCGGUUCCCGGAGGUCGUGGUAGAGGACCUCGCUCCGGUGGCGGAAUGAUGAGUGGAAGCGCGCCUCUCGCUCAAGGCCAGCGAGGAAUGAUGGGCUCUUCAGGCCCAGCACCUGUUCCCCCUCCUGCCGGUCGUAACAACUCUAUGGGUCCUCCAGGUGGUUAUAGUAGUUCCGCAGACGGAGGCUACGGUGGUCAAGGUGGAUAUGACGGGUCAGGAGGAUUCGACAACGGAGUAUACGGAGGCAUUGACCAAACUGGACAGGGAGGAUUCAGCGGCCCUGGAUACGGUGGAUCAGGCAACAUGGCUUCUGGAGGUUACGGUGGGUCUGGGUAUGGUGGAAGCCAGCGUGGAUCGGCUGACAUGGCAGGUGGUCAAAGGUAAGUCAUUUCAUGUUAUACUACGUAACGCAACACUAAACGACCAAAACUCGUGAAAGUUUAAGUACUUUAUAGGAAUUAGGAUCCAGCCGUGUACCUCAGGGUUGACUACGUAAAAAGAACUCACCCCGAGCUAUUGUCCAACUUAGUUCGUCGUGGGCGGAGAGACUACUUGUAGUGGGUCUGAAACUCAAACUUCGACUCACCCACAUCGGUUCGGGCAACCGAGUGGUACCAAUAGUCCUAACAAAAAUGGUGUGGCUCAAGGCCUGCCACAUGGUCCUGUAUUACUAGUGUGUGUCGGACUGAAGCAGAGAAGGCGGUACUUGCCGUAACCUAGCUACUGCAGAGUUGGAUUAUUGUUCACUCCCUCGUUCCGAGAUCACAAUCUUUUCCUAACAAAUGUUUGUUUUCCUUGUAGUGCUUCCCGUGGCGGCACCUAUGGUGGGUAUGGAAGUAUGGGAUCUGGAGAGCAUGUUGGAGGCAAAGCCAGCCAGUGGUAUGGCGGAUGGUCUUAAACAUUUACUUGCAUUUAAUUUCAGUAAAAUAUACCUGUUAAUAAAUAACAAUC